AUGAUUUUAACAACUUUUGUCAUGAUAUUGUCCUUCCCGGACUCCGUGUUCACCUUGAAGGGCGAGGGCAGCUCGUCCUCCCGGCCCGCGCGGCCGGACUGCGUAAAGGCCAGUGAACAAUGUCUGAAGGAGUACAGCUGCAGCACCAAGUACCGGACGAUGAGGCAGUGUGUGGCGGGCAGGGAAAACAACUUCAGCGCGGUCACCGGUACGGAGGCGCAGGGAGAGUGCCGCAGCGCUAUAGAUGCCAUGAAGCAGAGCACCCUCAAUAACUGCGGGUGUAGAAGAGGCAUGAAGAAGGAGAAGAACUGUCUCCGGAUCUUUUGGAGCAUAUUUCAGAGUUUACAGGGUAAUGAUUUGCUAGACUACUCUCCAUAUGAACCAGUCAAUAGCCGGCUCUCAGAUAUCUUCCGCCUGGCCCCCAUCAUAGCUGUUGAGCCUGCAUCUACAAAGGAGAACAACUGUCUGAACGCUGCCAAGGCGUGCAACCUGAAUGACACAUGUAAGAAAUAUCGCUCGGCUUACAUCAACCCCUGUACUAGCAGGGUGUCUGCUUCUGAGGUCUGCAACAAGCGCAAAUGCCACAAGGCCCUGCGGCAGUUCUUUGACAAGGUUCCAACGAAAUACAGCUAUGGGAUGCUGUUUUGCUCCUGUCCAGCGGGGGAUCAGACAGCAUGUGCAGAACGCCGGCGCCAAACAAUUGUACCCAUCUGCUCCUAUGAGGAUAAAGACAAACCUAACUGUCUGUCUCUUCAGAACACAUGCAAGACCAACUACAUCUGCAGGUCAAGGCUGGCAGACUUCAUGAGUAACUGUCAGCCAGAAGCUCACUCCGUAUCCGGCUGUCUGAGGGAGAGCUAUGCUGACUGUCUGCUGUCUUACUCAGGUCUUAUCGGUACAGUGAUGACACCCAAUUAUGUGCGAUCCAUUGGUCUUACCCUGUCACCAUGGUGUGGCUGCGGCAGCAGUGGGAACAGCAAGCCAGACUGUGACAGAUUUGCUGAGUUUUUCACCAACAAUCGAUGCCUACGUAAUGCCAUCCAGGCAUUUGGCAAUGGCACUGAUGUUGGAGUUUGGCAACCUCAACCCCCGAUUCAGCCUACUGUACUAGAGCCUAGCAUCACUCGGAGGGGAAAAGAGCGAACCAAUAAUGCACUGGAUGCACUGACAGACAUGACCAAACUGGAUCUUGAUGACGACUCAUCAUAUCACAUCUGUGGGACCUUACAGGCCCAAAAACUGGUGUCAAAUCUAACAGUGGAUACUGCUCAAUGUGUGAACCAUCAACUGGAUGAGUCUAGUGACUCCAAUGCCGAUGCUAGAAGCUCAGCAGCUGAACUCUCAAGUAUGCACCUGGCAUUAGCCUUUGCAUUAACGCCAAUAGUAUUACGGCUUGAAGAUUUCCAGCUUUUGUAGGAUCUGAGGACUGUGGAUCAACCCUCUUCUCUCAAAGUGGUUCAGCUCAUUUAGAUUUAGACAUUUGCCAAAGUGCUACACCUACAUUUUUCUUGAAAUGGAAAUGAGAAAACACAGCACGGUAAGAGCACCGAAAUCAUAGACAACGGUGGAUUAUUAUUAUCUGAGGAGUCCAUGUUUACUGUGGCUGAGAUAUCAGCUCA